GAUGGACGUGUCCGUGGGCGACGUGCGGAGYGUCCUUGCGGCCAUGCAGAAGAACCUGGAGUGCCCCAUCUGCUUGGAUCUGAUAAAGGAGCCAGUUUCCACAAAAUGUGAUCACAUAUUCUGCAGGUUCUGCAUGCUUAAACUCAUAAGCAGAAAGAAGAAAGGUGUGAUAGAGUGUCCCCUCUGCAAGACUGAAGUUACCAAAAGAAGUCUUCAGGAAAAUUCUAGAUUUAAGCAGCUAAUAGAAGGAUUGUUGGAAACUAUCCAUGCUUUUGAACUGGACACAGGAGUGAAGUUUCUGAACAGUCAUCACUUUUCUAAAGCAUCCACAGAAGGCAAUACUGCUGAGGCCCUGUGUAAGGAAACUUCUGUCAUUCAAAGCAGGGGUUUCAGAAACAGGAAAAAAAGAGCUAAAGAAAAUACACAAGAAACUUUUACCUUGGAAGCUAAUGCAGAUCCACAGCUUAGAGACACCAGGGUCAAAAGGCAUCCCUUGCGAAACAGAAACCGGGAAUGUGGCUCUGACACAGGGAUCUAUAUAGAGUUUGGCUCUGAUUCAUCCGAAGAGCUUUUCAAACAGGCAAGCAAUACUGGCAGGUUAGGAGACAAAGUGCUUCCGAUAUCAUCUCAAGAAAAGCGAGAAGAACUUAAGAGUUCUGAGAAGACGAAUGAAUAUUCCUGCAAAAUACAGCCUAUCAAGCUGCAUGCCAAAGAAGUAAUUCUGUCAGAUGUCAUAGGUGAAAGUGGUUUCUUAAAGGAAGGUUUGAGCAAGAAAAGCACUCAGAACAUUACUGAACAUGCUAAACCUGGCCAAGUGAAUGUGACUGAAAGCCAGAGUUCUCCUUUAAAUGUUCUUGCUGAAGAUUUAUUUGCAGAGCAGUGUGAGAAAGUGGGUAGCCCACUGAGGAAAGGGGAUGUGUCUUUCUUUAAAAGCACAGAAGAAACGGCUGCAGAACAAGCUCAGUACAAUAGUAAAAGCAAAGAGUCUGACUUAGAAGAUAGCUCAGAAAUCAAGCUGGGUAAAAGCAAGAAAAUAGAUAUUAUUGAGCAAUGUGUGGAAGAUGUGGAAAUGUGUGAACCUGAAAGUGACUGUCUUCCUGAAGAAUCUUCUCUGGAGAAGCCAGAGAUGCCUCACAGUGAUACCCUGAAUCAGGUUUCUAGGAAGAGACUAAAGCGAAGCAUUCAGAAAGUCAAUGAGUGGUUUUCAAAAAGCAAUGAGAUCCUCUCUUCCAGUUCUUCGCAGGAUGAUCCUGCUGAAGCAACUGACACUUCAGCUGAAGGAGAUGCUUGUUUGUCAGAUAAAGAUUCCUCUAUUUCGGAGAAGACUAGCCCUAUGGUAAAUUGUGUAGAAAUUGCAUUCACUGAACAAAACAAGAAAAUGUCAAAACCAACAGCAGACAGUCUGAAAGACAAAAUAUUUGGAAAAACAUACAAGAGAGAGAGGAAGUCAAAUCACGCUAUUGUUUUCAGAGAGAUUUUACCUAUUGCCAAAAAUGAAGAUGUGGCUGCUGAUGAAAAAUGCUUGAAUAAUUCUAGAAUGGAGAAGCUAAAAUGUAAAAGGAAGACUGCCCGUGUCCUGCAACCUGAGGACUUCAUCAAGAGAAAAGAUGUGAAAGAGGCAGAUGGGUGCCCUCAAAAUGUUAACUGGUGCCUUGACAAGGCUGAAAAGAAAAAACAUGAUGAAAGUUCUGCUGUUAAUGAGAGUUCUGUCACUGAGAAAAGAGAAGAUAAUACACUGGCAGGGCCCGGAGAAGAAGAAUCCAUACAGAAAAGGGCUACUGAAGAAGUGACUUGUGAAUCUAAUGGAGUGCUAGAACCGAAAGGCUAUGAUCAGAAGAGCUCCAAAAAACCAAGUUCUUCAGCAAAAAAAUGCAGGCAUUCGACUAGAACUAUGCAUGCUCUACAGUUAGUCGUUGGUAGAAGCUCAGGCUCCCCUGAUCCAGCAGAGCCACAGAUUGAUAGCUAUCCAAGCAGCAACGAGCCAAGCAAAGGUGAUUCUGAGCACAGACAGGUCAGGCGCAGCAGGAGGCUUCAGUUACUUGCUGAAGAAAUGACAAAAGAUAAAGGAAGAAGGAGUAGUCUAACUGAGGGAGCAAGGAGGCUUGAUGGUGGAAGUGGGGAGCCCUUCUCCAGGGUGCAAAGGAAUGUGCUGGUUCACUCUUCGGAAUGCAAAGACUCRGAUGAGCAGCAGGAUACAGUGUGCUGUAGACCAGCUGCUGAUCUGAAGAGUGCUGAUCUGAAAGCUGAUGAAAUAGAGACURGUCUAAAGAAUUCAUCUGAUACUGCAGACACCGGAAAAAGUCUCUUCAAUCCUACAUCUUCAUGUCAUCAUUCAAAUUUGGGUUCUGUGGUACCCGAUACAGACUCUCAGGAAGGUGAAAUGCUAAGUAGCCCUUUCCCCUUUCAGCCUCCUGCAGUGAAUGCUGURCAAGCUGCUUCCCAGGUGACCAAAGAAAAGACAACUGAAGUAAGUGCUACUUUUCCUCAGAAAAACAGACAGUGUACAGAUAACGUCCCAGAGGUCUUGAGAAACGAAAACGUUUUGGAAGUGACCAAGGAAGCUGAAGAUAGUGAAUUAGAUACACAGUAUCUGCGCAAUAUAUUUAGGCAUUCCAAACGACUAUCAUUUACCCUUCAUCCUAGUCCCCUGAAGGCACCCACAGUAGAUGAGGCUUCUGAAACUUUAAAGACAUCACGUGCUGAUCAGGUAGAAAAUAAGCAUAGCAAAUAUUUAAAAACUGAUAAUUUUCAAGUAGAGAAAAUAACUUCUAAAAAUGUGAGUAGGGUUUAUGAGGAAGAAAAGCUUAAGACCUGUGAAUCUGUUGGUCUUGGUCCUCUCUCUUGCUUUGCCAGUAAUACUGAAUGCAUGCACACUGGGGAACAUGCAGAAAGUGUUGUACACGUUGUGGAUCAAAGGAAUCUGACCCCACCAGUAAGGGUAGGUGCCACUAGUGGUGAGAAUAAAAACAAACAGCAAAAAAGAGAACCUGCAGAUAAUAAGACAGUGUCAGCAGAUACAGUGGUAGAAAGCGAGUUAAGUCAGAAUCCGUUCAAAAGUAAUAGAAGCCAAAGUGAUCAGAGUCAUACAGAAGAGGAUGCUUUCCAGAGAAWAAGCCCAGUUAAUGAAAUAGGCUUCAAUUCAGAAAGUAAUCAGGCAGAAAACACUGAAGUUUCUGGAAGCCACAGACCAGUAUUAGACUUUGGGCCCACAUCAGUGGUUUGUCCUGCUGAAUUUAACCUCAAAGGGGUGGAAAAGAAAGAUAGCAAAAGAGAAAGAAAACUAUCAAAGAGCAGUGAAGAACAGGCAUCCCAAACUGCCAGCACAGGGAUGCCCGCGUGUUUAAUUUCAGAUGCUCUAGAAGAGCCUCUUAAAGCUAGUACAGACUUUCCCAGCCUGUCUGAAACCCCUGAUGGAUUACUUUGCUCUGAUGAUGAUAUUCAGGAGAGCAACAGCUUUUGUGAAACUGAGAAGAAAGAGAGAUCUGCUGUGUUUGCCAAAAGAAGCGACAGCAUCCUGGCAAAACAACUGGAUGAAAGAAGUGUGAGUUCUACCUUUCUGUCUCAAGGUAUGCGGAGAUCUCGAAGAAGAGUGCGGAAGCUGCAGUCUUCAGAGGAAGAAUCUAGUGAGGAUGAAAAUUUGCCAUGUUUUCAGGAAUUAAUAUUUGGCAAAUCAGCAAGCACGCCUUUGCAGCUCAAUAAACAGGUGACACCUGUGGUCGAGUCCUCAGUAAGUCCCAGCAUGCUGCCUCACGUCGAAAGUCAUCAGGACCCUAGUAUGCAGAAGACACCCAAAGCUGCCCAAAGUGCUGGGUGUGUUUCUCCAAGCCAGGAGUCCGAAUGUUCCGUUAAUUUAUUUUCUUCCCAAUCCAACGUGUCUGAAGAGUCAGGUGAUGGGGCCCAAGAACUGAAGAAAUCUUCAACACUAGUUCUUGGAUCCAAACAAAUGAGUAAUUGGAAUGACAGUAAAGAAACUUCUCAAAGUUGUAAUGGAGGGCUAAAGAAAAAUAACCUGAAUGAUGAAUGCCAAGAAGAUGCAAACAUGGGAGCAAACCUAGGUGAAGCGUCUGGAUAUGACAGUGAAACAAGUCACAUAGAAGAUUCAACCGGACCGUUCUCUCAGGGUGAAAUCCUCACUACACAGCAGAAGAAUGCUAUGCAAAACAACCUAGAAAAACUUCAACAAGAAAUGGCUGUUCUUGAAGCAGUGCUGAAGCAGCAUGAAAGUCGAGAUUCAGAGUUUUUACCUGUCCGUAAAGAACUGCCUCAUUCCAGUAGUGAAGGAGCGCUCAGUACUGAGCAGAUGAGACAAGGAAGAGGAAUAGAGUCAACUUCAGAAGUAAAUUUGGCAAAUAAGAAAUGCAGCAGUUCAAAGGGAUUUUCAACUGAUUUUCAUGUUAAGUCAAGUCAUUCUUCCAACAGUAAAACCAAAGAGCUAGAAGAAAGGAGCCCGGAUCUCGAGGGAGACUUUCACUGUGACAGUGUUGUUCAGAACAACGUUCCUUCUCAAGAGAAGAAAACCCUGCCAGGAGCAGUGAAAGAGUGUGAUCCACGUCAGGCUGAACCAGAAAAAGCAACUGACAGGAAAUCUGGGAGCAAGCAAAACAGCCCAUCUGUCUUAUCAAAUCCCUGUGGAAGUGUGAGCCGAAGUCCAAACAGCUCUUCCUCCUCCAAAAGGCUUCUCCGCCCGCGAGCUCCAGAAGCAGCAAGUAGUUCUGCUCUAGCUCAGAGUGCGAAUAGAAGCCGCACUCCAGGAUGUAAACGGGAUAGAGGGGUAGGUUUUCCUCCCUCUGUUCUGCCCAAUUCAUCUGGGAAAGAAAGUGCUACAAGUCCGGCUGGGACCAACCGGAGAGAAAUGUCAAUUGUGGCAUCAGGUCUGAAUCAAAGUGAACAUUUGGUGGUCCAGAAGUUUGCCAGAAAAACUCAGAGCACUUUAUCUAAUCACAUGACAGAAGGAACAACCCAUGUCAUAAUGAAAACAGAUAUGGAGCUGGUGUGUGAACGGACCUUGAAGUAUUUUCUGGGUAUUGCAGGAAGAAAAUGGGUCGUUAGUUAUCAAUGGGUAAUUCAGUCUUUUAAAGAAGGAAGGAUACUUGAUGAGGGUAACUUUGAAGUUAGAGGGGAUGUGAUCAAUGGGAGAAACCACCAAGGCCCAAGGAGGGCUAGGCAGUCUCUGACUGAAAAGAUCUUUAAAGAUUUUGAGAUCUGCUGCUAUGGACCUUUCACUGAUAUGACUACAGAACAUCUGGAAUGGAUGGUGGAGCUCUGUGGUGCUUCCGUGGUGAAGGAACUUCAUCUGUUCACACACAAAACAAAUUCUACCGCUGUUGUGGUUGUGCAACCAGAUGCUUGGGUGGAAAACACAGACUACGAAGCAAUUCAGCAAAAGAACAACGUUGCUGUGGUGACUCGAGAGUGGGUAUUAGACAGCGUUGCUUGCUAUGAGUGCCAGGAGUUAGAUGCUUACCUUGUGUCUCAAGGGUGAUCUACAGUUCAUUUUGCUGUUGUCUGGAAAUUUUCAUCACUGCUCGUACUUUGAUACUGAUUUUACAGAUAAAGUAACAUUUGUAGAGUUUYUUUGAUUCAUGUUCUUGUUUUGGAGUAAAACUACAUUUUUGUAAACAAUAAAAUUAUUUAAGUGGCAUUACUAUACAAAGAUGGAAUUGCUUACUCUUCUUAAGAGUAUUUCCAAUUUCAAAUAAUCCUUAAACUCACCUGAUGCACAUCAAAGAAGUCAGAGAUUAACUAGAACAGUUGRCAUGGGGCCUCCUCAGUGACAUGUUGCUGUUUACUUGCCAUCCCACCUUGUUCCCAUGUAUAUAUUUGGGGACAUUUUGGAGUCGGUCAUUUACAAGACUUAUAUGGGGCUCAAGACUUGAAUCAAGAUGGAACUUGCACCCCUGAGUGAGUGACAGUGAGUUUGGAAACUGCACAAAGAACUUUCCUGUUGAAACUGUUGUAUGCAAAAGUGUCUCCAUGUUCUAACCAGAAAAAUAAUCUGAAAGUUCCCUGAAAAGCCAAUACU